CAUUCUAAUCUAAGAUUUUUGAUUAGAGAAAAAAGUGUCGGCAGGUUUCAGUUUCAAGAGUCAUAGAUAGAGACAACAAAGAAGUGAUACAAUUUAAUGCCAGGUUUCAAUUUUUGGCGUUAAGCUUCAAAGAAAUCAAUACUGGAGUUACUAAAUGGGGAACCACCAUACCCGUUACAAACACCACCAUCACCAUCAACAAGAAACCUCAUUUCCUGUUCCUCCAAUACCCACAGCUCAAUCCCAGAAAACAGUGAGUACCCAAAUGGGUUUGGUUUUGCCUUAUGGUCAAGUUGACUCUAGCUUGUGUGGUCUAGCUGGUCAAGCUGAAGGCUUUGGUGCUUCUUCCAUUGGUGGUCGUGAUGGUCAUAUUUAUCAAGUUAUGAAUCUCAAUGAUGACGGGCCAGGAUCACUUCGUGAUGGAUGUCGUAAAAAAGAACCUCUAUGGAUCGUCUUUGAAGUUUCAGGGACCAUUGAGCUCCGAUCUUAUUUGAGUGUGUCGUCUUACAAAACUAUUGAUGGGCGAGGCCAAAGAAUCAAAAUCACAGGGAAAGGUUUGAGGUUGAAAGAGUGUGAACAUGUGAUCAUCUGCAAUAUAGAGUUUGAGGGAGGCAGAGGACCCGAUGUUGACGCCAUUCAGAUUAAACCAAAGUCAAGGCAUAUUUGGAUAGACCGUUGUAGCCUUAGCGACUAUGACGAUGGUUUAAUUGACAUCACAAGGGAGAGCACAGAUAUUACUGUUUCUAGGUGUCACUUUUCAAAGCAUGAUAAGACCAUGCUUAUUGGAGCAGAUCCUUCUAAUUGUACCGACAGAUGUAUGCGGGUCACCAUUCACCACUGCUUUUUUGAUGGAACUAGACAGCGGCAUCCUCGUGUUAGAUUUGGCAAAGUACAUUUGUACAACAACUACACCAGGAACUGGGGAAUUUAUGCUGUUUGCGCAAGUGUAGAAUCACAGAUAUAUUCCCAAUGCAACAUAUAUGAAGCUGGACAAAAAAAGGUGGCAUUUAAAUAUCUCACAGAGAAGGCAGCUGACAAAGAGGAAGGAUGCACUGGUAGCAUUAAAUCUGAAGAUGACUUGUUUGUCUCUGGAACUCAGGCUGGUUUGUUGUCUACUUGCAGCAAAAGUAACAUCUUCAAUCCAUCCGACUUCUACCGACACUGGACUGUAGAACAUCCGAGUGAUGCUCUCAAACACUACCUUCAACACUGUACAGGAUGGCAGAGUAUCCCGCGGCCAAAUUGAUUAGCCUAUCUCCUGUUAGAAUGGCGUAAAUGAACCGAGACAUUUACUUAAAUGUGUGCAUUAUAUGCGUGAACGCUAGAUGCUUUGUGCACCGAGCUGCCCUUUUUUUGUGUGCAUAUAUUACUUAAAGGUCAUACUGUGUGCGCAUAUAUUGCUUCAAGGUUAUUUAUCCUUGUUUAUUGUUGCUA